AUGGCAGACACACAGGCCAACAGCACUCUCGGCGAUCUCUUGGAAAGUCUAAGUGAUUAUGAUCUUAACAAGAGGACCUAUGCUGCAAUACUUAAACACUUAGAAGCAGAAAAUCGACUUAAGUCAUCAGAUUUUGAAAAAUUAUUAACACUCUGCCUACAUGAAUACAGCAAAAAAAACACACUUGCCAUUUCGAGCUUAAAAAUCUUAUCAAGUAUUUUAAAAAAAGAAGACAAGGAACAAAACAAUUCAUCAGGAUUAGUUGCAUUAUUAUUAGCAGUCUUGAAUAAUCUCAAAUCAAAUGCCAGUGUUCUUAAAUUUUGUGUUUUAAAAGAAUUAUGUUUUGAAAUUGUUUUAUCAUUUCCUGAUAAAUGUUUGAUAACAGCAGUAGAUGAAUAUGCCAAUGAAUUUUAUAUUGUUAUGGAAAAAUAUUACCAGGAAUCAUCGGUUGAAGUAGUAGAACAAGUUCUAAUUUUAACAUUGAAACUGUUAACAAUUUUGCCUGCUGACAAAAAGAGCAAAUUUAUUAGAGAUGGGAUAAAUACCUGGUUUUCGAGCCUCAUACCAACUAUUUUUAACAUAGCAAAAGAAAACAGUUCUGGAUUAAAUGCAGCACUGGAGUUAUUAGGGGUUCUAUCAAAAGAACUUUCAACAGAAUCAAAGCACUAUGUUGGAAAUAUACAUUUUAAGAGUUUCCUCUCAAAGAUACCUUCACAGUAUGCGCCAAUAAUCUUAAAUCUAUUAAAAGAAGAUCAAAAUCAUUGGGCUCCACUGUGGAUUGCUACUGUAAAUCUGUUGAAAUUCAACAUAACGGCUUCCACCCUCAAUGCCUUGUUACAAGUGGAAGAAAUUGCUUUCAAAAACGAUCCCAAGAACAGGUGCUUGGCGUUCGAGUGCUGGAGAUUUUUUAUAGAUAAUUUUACUUCACAGAGUCGAAGAAGUUUAAACAGAAGAACUAAGCUUCUCGCGGUCCCGCUUCUUUCUUUCAACGCCAAGUUCGAGGAUACCGCUUUUGCAAAACUUGGCACUUGGUGGCAUUUCUUCAUCAGCCUGUGCGGCAAAUGUGACAUUUUAUCCGAUUACAUUCAGCCAUUUCUAACGUUCUGCUUUGGAUCUCCGCCGCCGUCGAACCAAAAUGCGGCUCCGGGAAUGAUUUCGAGUCGCACUAGGAAUUUGGGCCUCCAAGCUUUUGCAAAUAUUCUCGGACACCACGAUUGCGACUGCUCCGGUGAAUUGGAAAGACUGAAGACCGCACUCGUCGCGGGAGAGCAUUUAGUCAAAGAUAACAAAAAUUGGUUACAUCACUUCGGUGUCGCAUUAGACAUUUGCGUGGAAUGGGAAUCGGAACGAGCGAACGGGUAUUUAAAAUGUGCUUGGAAAUCAUUAUUACUUAAAACGUGUGACCUCCCGAGCGAAACGUCGAGAAGAGAAGAAAUGUUCGGUAAACUCUUAGAGAUUUUAGAAAAAUCCCUUCAGAAAUGCUGCUUCAACACUUCCAAAAUAACAAUCGACGAAUUGAUUCCCGCUCUCUUCGAGCUCGACAAGGAAACGACGACGGCGCUCGUGGAGAGCGAGGGUGGCGUCUUCCGCAGGAUACAAGCCAUCUUGGCGGAUUCUUGCAAUAACAAUUUUUAUUCAAGUUGUGAUAUCGACAAAACGACGAAAAAGAUAGGAGCGUUCACGGAUUACGCCUUGGAGAACGGCAGAAGCGUGGGCUUGGACAAUUUACUGGAAUCGCUUCCGAGUUCGGAAUCGGGAGUGCUCUUGUGGAGCUGCUACGUGGAAUCCACGAUGAAAUAUAAAUAUUUUUCCAACUCUCAAUGGAUCGUCGCCCUCGUGAUGUGGCCGAUCAAGCAAAAUAUUAUUUCAAACACAGAAAAAUAUUCAGCGACUUGGAUUAGUUUUUAUGAUCUUCUGGACGAGGGAAACGUAAAAAACGAAUCGAGCGCGAAGAUAACUCACUCGGUUAACGAUAGACUGUUGUUGUUCUUGUCGGGAAACAGAUCGGUGAACACGCCCUUGAGGCUGACGAGUAUCGUCUCCUUGAUUAAGCAGGAUUUCAAGGAGAGAGGAGCGGGCGCUCGGAAACCGGAUCAUUUGACCUUGAAAAUUCUGUCGAAGCAGAUCGACGACGAACUCAUCGGUCCCACGAUUUAUUGGCAUUUGCUCGACUGUUUGAAGUCGCUCUUCGACGCUUUCGUGUUUCACAAAGACGUCGUCGACGUCAAAAAGUUGCUGCUCGUCGCGAAUACCACUCUGAAGGUGACGCCGAAAGUGCUGUCGACCCUCGAGGCUGGAGAUACCGAUUCACUUCAUCGUGUGGAAUAUUUUUUGAAGAGUAUUCACGAUUUAAUAAAAAUAGACGAAUACUCGAAAUCGAGCGUCAUCAUCGUGGAAGGAAUGAAACGGCUCGCGUCCCAUCUGGCGGGUCGGCCGUCGGUGCUGUCGAAUCCCGUGAAACUAAUAUUUUCUUCGUUGAUUUCACACGAAGACAGAGAGAUCAAGAGUCUCGUGAGGAAGAUGUCGCCGGAGGUCGACGCCAAAGAGACGAACGGAAAGUCGACGCCCUCCAGAAACAGCAAAAAGAGUGUCAACAUUGUGAAAACGGUGGUCGAAAACGGAGAAGAAUUUGUCCAAAUCGAAAGUAAUUGGAAAUUUAAUCCGAAAAAAUUAACGGAACAUCAGAAGGACAAAUUGCAAAGUAAGCGAGAAGAUAUUCCGGCGCUGUAUCAAGAUUUGUCUCAGUCGCAAGACGAUAUCAAACUGAGGACGUGGAAAACCAAUACCACCGAAACGACGUCUUCCAGCAAAUCCUUCGGUUCCUGCGCCGCCAUAGACCGAGCCGUAUUCGACGUCACGCGGAGCCCUACGGCCGUUCCCGAAGUGGUAAAAACGAAUGACUUACAGUCGUCCGCGUCUAAAAAUUCGGACAUCUCUAAGGUGACCCCGAAGAUCAAAGACUCCAACUCUCCACGAAUACUCCUCAAAGAUCGCGUGACUCGAAACGUGAAGAACUUAGCGGAAAAAUCGUUUUUAAGCAAAGUCAGCGCCAGUGAACUGGUUGUGGUCUGUGAUAAGUUGCCGUCCAUUUUGCCCGCCGAGGCGAAACUCAACUCUGAGAACGCGCCGAACUCUGCCGCGUCGGUGGCCGGCUCGACGAAUGAGAAAAUCUGCUCCAUCAACAACCAUCGCGUGACUCGAAACGUGAAGAACUUAGCGGAAAAAUCGUUUUUGAGCAAAGACAGCGUCAGUAAACUUGUGGUGGUCUGUGAUAAGUUGCCGUCCAUUUUGCCCGCCGAGGCGAAACUCGACUCUGAGAACGCGCCCAACUCUGCCGCGUCGGUGGCCGGCUCGUCGAAAGAGAAAAUUUCCAACAACAACGUCGCCAAGUCCGCGUCGCCUUUGCCUAUCGCGGCCGAACGGCCGUCACGUAAAAGAAAGCCGCCAAAUAAAUAUAUCGAUUCGAAUAUUCUUGGAUACAAACGAAGAUCAAAUCAAAACACUAAUUCCGCCGUCGAUACGAUACUGAAUUCUUACCCUUUGCGAAAAAACUCCGACGACAGUUUAAAAUUGGCAGACGGAGCUUCACGUUUUACCGAUAACGACUCGCCUCUCGAAACCGAGGACGCGCCCCACGAAGACGAGAAUGAGGUCGCCACUCCGAAAACUGUAAACGCAAAGGAAAGCGGCACAAAGCCGUUUAAAAGAAGUGGCUCAAAGGAAUCACGCAUUAAAAAACUUUUGGCUAUAGAUAUGGUGAAAUCGACGCUUCCGAUCGUACGAAUCGAUAUCGGUAGUUACGCCACGAGGAACAAAUCCAAAAUGACCCCGGCCGCUGAGGAAUGCCGGCCGGCCCCGGACUCCGCGUCCCAAGACAUCAUCGAGAGCUCGCAAGACUCGUCGGUCACGGCGGUGUCGGUCGUCUCCACGAAAAACGUCGCGAACAGAGCGACGGUGUCUUCUCAUAACGAAGAUAAACAUAUUUCGGAUUUCCGGGACAGCUUCGAAGACACCUUGUUGCCGAGCGACGUGUGCGAUAGCGUAUUACCCGAAAAUGAUACCGUACUUCGACCCAACCUUUCGGCGGAAGAAGCGAACUCCGAGGUCUUCGACACGCAGACCGAUUUAACGGAAGCGUUAGACACGGAACCCACAAAUACGCAAUAUCGUGCACAAAUUGAGGACGAAUGUGAAUUGACCUCCGAAACUAAUCACUGUUUAGAAUCGAGUACGCAGAGUACUGCAGAUGCCGACACUAAACCCGUAAAUUUUACAAUUGACAUAAUCAAAGAGGAAGUUAUCGAUUCGUGUGUAUCUAAAGCAAACGAAUUUACGAAACUGUGCCCGACGAAUUCCACGAAACGCGUCGAAGAAGUCUCGAACGCUGCUUUCGUGUCUUCCGUCGACGCACGACCGACGGUGAAGUCGACCGAACCGACCGAGAGACGAGACGAGGCCUCUUCUCCCCUCAAAGACGACGAGCGGAGGAGAAGGGACUUUCUCGACGACACUUUAGAAAUAUCUCCGAUCAGGACGAUGAGUCCUCUGAUGCGCGAGAGGACGCCUUCGCCGGAGACGAGCGGCGAUUACGUCGUCGUAAAUCUCACGUCUUCGGUCCUGCUCAACGGAGAACCGGCGGAUCCGGCCGAUUCCCCUGAAGUUUUCACGGAGGACAAUACGGACGCGAGGGAUCUGUCGCCUCCCAGAGGAGAGCCGGUCGGGAGCGAGGGCUGCUCCGGCUCGGGACCGACUCCGAAGAGGAAGCCGCAAGUGCGGCCGGCCGGAAGGGCGGCGCAAAUGCUGGGCCUCUGCGUCCACAACGGAGACGGACUCCCGCCAGACGAGACGUCGAGGUCGACGAUCAGGAAUCUCAAGAGGUCCGCGGACGUCGGCAGCUCGGACGAGGCCGACGACGGCGAACCCUUCCUGCGGCUGGGACGCGUCCUGCCCGCCGUCGACAGCAGCCCCUGCGGCCCCAUUCUCAAGAGGAAGCACGCCGUCAUCGCCGAGGACUCCACGCCCUCCCCCGCCGGCAAGAGAAAACGAGUGAGCUUCCACGAUCCCCCGGUGUCCACGUCGGUUUGCGUGAAGAAGUACAUCGACCCCUGCGCGCUCCGCUCCCCUCAGAGCUCCGCGCCCCGACGACCGGACAGACCGGACGGGUCGCUCCUCCGCCCACUCGGCCAGACCUCCGCGUCUCAGAGGCGGCUCGACAAGAUUCUCGCCAAAACCGUCGAGAGCAUCCUUUCGGGCUCGACCGACGUCCCGGACUCGCUUUCGGGUCGGACGCCGACCGCCGGCGGCCUGGACCCGAGCGACCUCGACGACUGCGACCCUACAUUGGGCCGAUUGACCGAAUGCGAAGACCCCGUCGAGAACGUAACCUCGCCGCCUCGUCCGUCGGUCGAAGCUUUCGAGGGAAAGGUCGCGGUCGGCGGUCUCGCCCCUCCGACGGAGGUCGACCGCGCGGGCGUCGAGCGGCCGCAUCGGCCCCUUCCGGAAGCCGAUCACCGAAAGGCCGACGCGGGAGUGCAGAGCGACUCACCCGAGGUCUCCUCGGUUUCCUCCCAGACUGACGAAGAGCACCGCUCGGAGCGAACGGGCGGGGAUCGCAUAAGAGAGAGCGACGUGGCCGAAUACUUGAGUGCGAAUCCCAAUGUCGCGAUGGCCUUGGACGAGAGAGGCCUGGAGGCCUUGAGCGCGGCCUUCGUCAGGAGAUUGCUGCGAGACGAAGGCAAAAUGGCAGAGUUCGUGGUCACUUUGCUUCGGGAGAGGUUCGAGACGAAAGACGCCAUCGCCUAUUGGUGUAAUAUCCUGAAGACGAUCACCGAUAGUCCUUAG